CAGUUGACAUUAGCUAGCCUUACUAGCUGGCCCAAAAAGUAUGUUUUCGACGCAUAAAAAGACAAAGACUUGUGAACAUCUUAAAAGCAGACGAGAACUCAAUGGAUUUUUAAGCGGGUUUUGAUGUUCAACGACUCUUGUUCGUUGAUUGAGUUGUGCAGAAACUAAGGGCUCUUGAUUUGAUAACCACACUUGCAACACACGACAGCUGAUAGGGCGAGCGAUAAAAACAUUCUUGAUUACAUACUAUGCGAGGUAACGGCUUCUGGAACCUUGAUUUCGUCAGUAAAAGAAAGCGUCCUUCAAACAUGACCAACAGAGGAGCAUUUCACUAUAGCUACAACCUUAUUAACAACUUAAGUAACGAAGAAGCCGGCAAAGACUAUUCAAAGAAACCUGGMGGCACUGCAGGCUACGCCGUACAUGGCUUUAAUCGAUACGACAGUAAUUUAAGUUCACGAAAACUCAGUUUACCAUCCAGAAAAACUAGUACGACAUUACCAAUUCGCAAAAAUAGUACUCAUGAAUAUCGAGGAGAUUUCAAAGACAAUACGCAACUAACAAAAGAGAGAAAAACAAGCAGAAACGGACAACACAGUGAACAUUUACGCGCGCAAAAUGGUACACAUGAAAGUGAUAAAGUCAAGUCAAGGCAGACAGUAGGAGCCAGAUAUAGUGACCCUCUUUACGAACAACGGUCUUUACCUCCUUUACCMUUUAACAAGCCGCGAGGAGGAAGUGAGGGAAGCUUAUAUGGUAGUAUGGACAACUUGACAAAACAGAAACGGAUCUUGCAAAUGUCAUCCAAGUCACAAUCGUUUAAUUACACGCCACCGACGUACCACAACUUCGUUCGCAAAGAAGGCGUUUCAGCGAUGGGAAAUUAUGAMUACAUGCAUGGCAAGAUGAGAAAGAAGGGAGUUGUUGAUACCACUGAUGAGUCUCACUACCAGCGACAAUUUUUACGUGUGCUAAACAAAAGAUUUUAAAAGUGGCUUCUGUAGCCUCAUUGUACCUCUCGAACUUCGACUGACCACUGUCCAAACAACAUCACAUAAGUGUUAUUGAAAAAGCAUUUUUAAAGGAGCUUGAAACUGCUAAAAUUUAAAAAGCUUACAAUUCCGAGGAAUCAUACAUAUACAGAAUAUAACAGUGGUUYCAUAACAGUGCCAAUUGCUGAUGAAAACAAUGCGGAAAAGAGCAAUAACUGAAACGUGAAYUCAUGAUGGAACAACAACAUUGAUUAUUCAAAACGAAGCUCGCCAUCURCAAUUUCUGUCCCAAGAAACCAAACGCCUUACUUUGACUAACAUCGCGCGCUAUUACAAAUAUAUAAAUGUAUAGAUUAGUAUUAUAUAUUGGUUUGUUUUUCGUUGUAACUGUAUAUACAGAGACUGAGCUGAUAGCCGAAGGGCAGGUGCUCAUUGAUAUUCAUGUUCAGCAAGAUUAUUGUAUAGCUCUGAUCUGUAAUUGAACACAGCAUGCAAAACACACACAACGCCAUGAGAUCUCAAAACCACAUCCUGAUGAGAAGAGAAUUAUAUACAACUGUAGGUGGAGAUUAGCAGAUAUCAUCGUAGCAUGCAAUUUCGGCUAAAAUAUUGACUUUUUACACAAAUGUCUCAUCACCUUUGGAUGCGCACGCGGCGAAAGGAGAAGUAGUGUAUAGAGGCUACAUAAAAUGGGACAUAUUUUCAUUUUUCAUUGCUUUUUCGAUAAUGUUUAAUGUUGAUCGAUUAAGUAUGGGCAAAACGCGAAAAAUAUCAGAAAAAUUAAAAGUAUAUAUACUGUCAAGCCAAUAAAAUCCUUAAACUGCACAUGAUACAUUAUUUUACGCGGCUAAUAACGUUAACAGAUUCAAUUAUAAUGGAAUAAGCUAAGAAUAAUUCCACCAAAUAAGUGUCACCUAUGCUAAUCUAUCAUUUCUUACUAUAUACAUAUAUCAUUGUGUAUGGGAAGUUUUAAGAGAUUUCUAGCAAAUAAAAAAAUCGAUUUAUUAAAUACUGAUAUCUUCAGAUUAAUGCCAUACCACCUUUCAUUGCAAAGUAAUAGCUUAAAUAUAGGUGAUGAAUUGCUAUAUUAAAAAGGAAUUUAUAAUGAAAGUGUAUAAAACAAUUAGCACGAGUUGUGUGCGCAGUGAUAAAUGUUACGUAAACAAAUAGU